AUGUUCCUUCCUCUGCGGGAGCAGCUGAAGCAACAGCAAGUAGAAGAGCAAGCACAAGCAUUCAAGUGGAGGGAAAGAGAAGAGCAGGGAGGAAAGAUGGACAUCAUGAACAAGAAAGAAGAAGAAGAAUGCUUUCGUUUAUUCCACGACGCCUUCCGUCUGUUUCUGUAUCUUUCGGAAAUUAAAUUUCAAACUCAUAUUCAAUUUUGUUUACUAUUAUUACAGAAGCAUUUUGAUUUUCAACUUCAACAUAUUCUUCCAUUCGAUUUCAUAUUCUACUUUUUCUAUUUGCUCUAUUCAAUUCUUUCGUCUUGAAGCAUUCAAUGACUACGACUCUUUUAUUUACUUUUUACAACAGUGACUUUCGAUUUUCAUUUUGUAUCACAUUCAUUUAUUUACAAUCUUCCAGCUAAAACUUUGUCAUGCUAGACUACUUAUGGAAGUAAGCAUCUUCUACUCAGGGAGCGAUCAGUAUUGCAGAUUUCCAGACCCAGACACUUGUUUUCCAAUGCAGAAGAUGAAGGAGAAGACUUUCACGACUGAGAUGAAGCAUGGCGCAGAUUUGGGGUAUUUGUUCG